CGGCUGUUUCACGGAAGUAAUUCUGGAAGCUCUGACGUGGCCAAAUAAUAAUCGCCAUCUUGAGGAAGGAAACGCCUUGAAGAGGAAAGAAUUGAAAACAACUUUUUCCUUCUGCCAAAGUUGAAUCCCUCAUCUUCACUAUGGGGAAUUUAUUUGCAAGCCUCUUUAAAGCAUUUGGCAAGAAAGAGAUGAGGAUCCUCAUGGUGGGUCUCGAUGCUGCUGGUAAAACAACAAUCCUGUACAAGUUAAAACUUGGGGAAAUUGUAACUACCAUUCCAACUAUAGGUUUUAAUGUCGAGACAGUCGAGUACAAGAACAUAAGUUUUACAGUGUGGGAUGUAGGCGGCCAAGACAAAAUUCGACCGUUGUGGCGUCAUUACUUCCAGAACACACAGGGUCUCAUCUUCGUUGUGGACAGCAAUGACAGAGAGCGAGUGAACGAAGCCCGUGAGGAACUGAUGAGAAUGUUGGCAGAGGACGAACUACGAGAGGCAGUCUUAUUAGUAUUCGCUAACAAACAGGACCUCCCAAAUGCUAUGAAUGCGGCCGAAAUCACAGACAAGCUGGGACUGCACUCCCUCCGCCAUAGAAACUGGUACAUCCAGGCCACCUGUGCCACCAGCGGAGACGGUCUCUAUGAAGGACUGGAUUGGUUGUCUAAUCAGUUAAAAAACCAGAAAUAGGCCUAAUCAUCAUCCACUGUCCUCCUCAACUCACAUAUACCUUAUUCACACUAUCCUGCCGACCCAAACCGUACAGUGGCUCGGAUGAUUUCCUUCCACAUUGUCAUUUCCAGCAAGGUUCUAGCAACUGUGGUAGAUGAGUAACCAGGCCGAUGCAGUACGGCUCAGUUUGGCUCGGCUUAGUAGUGUGAAAAGGGUAACACUAUCUUCUCUCUAUCCUUGCUUUGUACUCUUCUGAUGUUGCAAAUUGAGCUACAUUUGUCAAAACGUACCUACUCGAAUGAUGCCCUCAUUUCUCAUCUCUAGUUACAAGAAUACACCAUACGGGCCAGGGGGGGGAUAAUAACCCAAUCUUGGAAAACUGUCAGGGUUUCUUAUUUAAUGUAAAUAGUCUAGUUUUUUGGGGUUAUGAGGCAGCUUAUUGCACACUUACAAAAAUCAACCUGGGUUAUUUCCUUUUCUUGGCCCUUGGGCAGACAUACUCGUGUGUAGUAAAUGGAAAAGGGAGGCAAAAAAAAUCAUUCAACCAGCUAUCAUGGGACCCCAUGUCUCAACCCUACAUUUAAUGACUUCUUUACGUUAUACGUCAGCUGGUAAUUUGUACUGUAAGGAGCGUUUCAUUUUUUUUUGGG